UCCGCGGUGACGUCACGGAGGCGCGACCGGGCCGGCGCUGAAGGCAGGAGCCUGCUGAGGGAUGCCCAAGAAGUUCCAGGGCGAGAACACCAAGUCGGCAGCGGCCCGGGCACGGAGGGCUGAGGCCAAGGCGGCAGCUGAUGCCAGGAAGCAGAAGGAGCUGGAGGAUGCCUACUGGAAGGACGAGGACAAACACGUCAUGAGGAAGGAGCAACGCAAGGAGGAGAAGGAAAAGCGGCGCCUGGAGCAGCUGGAGCGCAAGAAGGAGACGCAGCGCCUGCUGGAGGAGGAGGACUCGAAGCUCAAGGGCGGCAAGGCCCCCCGGGGGGCUGCUCCCAGCAAGGUCACCCGCGCCCAGAUUGAGGAGACGCUCCGCCGGGACCACCAGCACAAGGAAGCCCCGGACCCAGCCGAGAAAGCCAAGAGCCACUUGGAGGUGCCGCUGGAGGAGAACGUGAACCGGCGCGUGCUGGAGGAGGGCAGCGUGGAGGCGCGCACCAUUGAGGAUGCCAUCGCCGUGCUCAGCGUGGCGGAGGAGGCGGGCGACCGGCACCCCGAGCGGCGCAUGCGGGCGGCCUUCACCGCUUUCGAGGAGGCGCAGCUGCCGCGGCUCAAGCAGGAGAACCCCAACAUGCGGCUGUCGCAGCUGAAGCAGCUGCUCAAGAAGGAGUGGCUGCGCUCGCCCGACAACCCCAUGAACCAGCGGGCCGUGCCCUUCAACGCCCCCAAGUGACCCCGGAACUGAGGGAGCCGCCCCGUGGGCGGUCAGCGUCGUGACCCCACAUGCCCUCCCGCUGGGGCAUCUCCGAGGGUGACAGAGAGGUUCAGGGCCCCGGUGCGUGUCCUGGCGGCGACGUGGCAUCAUCGGCCACUCCUGCUCGAGGGUCCCUGCUCCGAGUGACACCUCCCUUCUCACGCGCGCAGAGCCCUGGGCUGAGUGCCCAAUAAAGGCUGUCGGUGAGGCAGCGUG